AACAAUAAAACCACGUGGUUAAUUGAUAAUAAUUUUAGGUUAUGUUUAAAUAGUAAAAUUAACGUUAUAUAUUAUUUAUCUGACUUUAUAAUUUUAUUAUUUACAUAUCAGUGUGUAUUCAUAACGGUUUUGUGUGACGAGUUGAUUAAUGCUCAUAGUAAAAAUUAAUCAUUGUUUGUACCUGUUUGUAAACUAAUUGAGAUACUUACGGAUUAUCUUCCGAUGGAAACUAUAAAAGCAAACGCUGCCUUCUUAUGUAACUAUGAGGUUAUGCAGAUUCUGCAGGAAUUAAAAGACAAUACACAGAAGAAACACAAACGCGAAGGAUCCCUAGCUACAGUCACUUAUGAGACUGUACACUACUUGCAAGACACAGAAUGCAAGAACCAAAGUGCACAGGCCAUCCAGAACUUUCUAGAAGCAAUGAAGAAGUUCAAAUUGACCAAGACAGAGAAGCUAAUGAUGGUGAACACUCCUCCACGGACAGAACUCGAAAUACAGUUGGUUGUACAGGAAAGUGAAGAAAGGCUGACAGAAGAAGAAGUAAAAAACAUCAUAGAAAUAGUGAAUGAACACUUACCUGUUUCUAACAAUGACAAUGAAUAAAGACUGGCACUUAUAUUCUGGAAGAAUAAUAUUAUGAAGUAACUUGAGAACUUGUGAAGAAAUUCACAAAUGAAGCUUGCACAGGAUGGGUCAGAAGAAGUUUUGGGCUUUAGAUAAGCACUUCUUUGUAUAUAAAAGAAAAUGACCGCGCCUCUGUCUUAGUUAACGAGUAAUGUCGAGUAUGUACAAAAUAAAAGAUAAAUGGUGCGUUUUUUUAACAUAAUUAAACAUGUGUAUGUGUAGCAGGACAUUGGAUGAUUUGACAAUCAUCCAAUGUCCUGCUCACCCUUAUACGGCCGCUAUGUGGCUACCAUGAUAAUAAUUCCUACGGAUAUCCAUAAUUAUAUUCAUUCUUAUUGACUGUAAUGAAAUUUAUAUUAUGAAUACCAUCAGUUAGGUACCUACAGU